ACGGCGCAGAGAGCCGAUAGCUCUCGGUGCGCACAGGAAAAUAUGCGCGUUUUAAAAACAAAGAAGACAUCUGAACCAUAACACAGUCAAGAGUUAAAGGCGUUAUUUUCCCACCCUCCCCUUGUGAAAUUACAUUUCACGCAACAGGCUGCAAGACCAAUGUGGAGUCUAAGCUGAAGAACAGUACCACCUGUAACACCGUGCCCGUGCUUCCGACUUUCGUGCCGAUGCCGAGAAUGAAGAAGCAAAACGUCCGGACCUUGUCGCUCAUCCUCUGCAUGUUCUCCUACUUGCUGGUGGGCGCCGCGGUGUUUGACGCGCUGGAGUCUGAGUCGGAGAGCUCCCGCCGGCGCAUCUUGGAGCAGAAGCGCAACGAAAUGAAGAAGAAGUACCGCUUCUCCGAGGACGACUACCGCGAAAUCGAGAGAGUAGUGCUGCAAGCUGAGCCCCAUCGCGCCGGGAGACAGUGGAAAUUUGCUGGCUCUUUUUACUUUGCCAUAACAGUAAUCACUACCAUUGGUUAUGGACAUGCAGCCCCUGGAACAGAUGCUGGAAAGAUCUUCUGCAUGUUCUAUGCUGUACUCGGCAUUCCUCUCACUUUGGUUAUGUUCCAGAGCCUGGGAGAGAGGAUGAACACAUUUGUCCGCUAUCUCUUACAUAAGCUGAAACAAUGCCUGGGCUUUCGACGCACUGAGGUGUCCAUGGAGAACAUGGUCCUGGUGGGCUUUUUGUCCUGCAUCGGAACACUGUGUGUGGGCGCCGCAGCCUUUUCCCACUUUGAGGGAUGGACCUUCUUCCAUUCUUACUACUACUGCUUCAUCACACUCACCACAAUUGGCUUUGGGGACUUUGUGGCUUUGCAGAAAAAAGAGGACCUCCAGGAGAAAACGCCCUAUGUCGCUUUCAGCUUUAUGUACAUUCUGGUGGGAUUAACUGUUAUCGGGGCAUUUCUUAAUUUAGUGGUGCUCCGUUUUCUCACCAUGAACACUGAGGAUGAGCGACGGGAUGCACAAGAAAGGGCUUCAAUGAAGAGAGACAGAGGCCUUUUGGAUGGGACCCUGGGCCUUGGUGUUUUAGGGGAACAAAGCAGAGAUAGCCACAGUGAGAGGAACAGGAGUGACAUGGUGCACAGCCAUAGCACACUCUUCCUCCCGAUGGAGGAAGGAACCAGUCGCACCAACCUCAUCUCUUCCCCGGUGGAUCAGGAAAGACGAAAAAGCCCCUGCAGGCACAGGUUGCAUUUCCAGAUAAAGGCAGGCAGACGCAGACAGGAGUCGAGCCUCAGUUCCCUCUGUUCCUGCAUGUGCUACCGUUUAGAGAUUUGCGAUAGCCCUCUUAUGUCCCACAGUGAACAUCGUGGCUGCCACGUUAAUUCUGUUUAUUACAACUCAGUUUCCUACAGGAUUCAGGGCUGUUCACCAAGUUCCAGGGACAACACUGGACUAACUUCGCCAGGAAGCAGGAUCUCACCUGGCCAUAGUUUCCGGGAGUUCCCUCAUUUACGAAGAAAGUCAGUAUAAGGAGCGUUAUUGUGAGGGAAAAGUGUUUGCACAAACUGUAAACAGUAUUUUCAGAGACACUGUAUUUUGUGUUACUUCUCCUUUGUGCAUGAAGACAAAGGUUCUGUUUAGUAAAUAAGUUGUCUGUUGUGGCUAUUGAAAAUAAUUUU